AUGACUCAUUUCGACCAUGUUGAGAAGGACCACGCCCCAAAGAAGGGAGAGCUGAAGGAUGGAGUCUAUGCUUCUACCUGUGAAAACUGUGGCCACUUCUUUAAGUUCAAGGUCACAGGUUUUCUCAAAUCAUCGGUCACCUUCUCUAUCAAUGGAAUUUCAUUCACAGUUGGCAACGAGUAUGCUGCAGCCCUGUCCCUGAAUGAGUUCAUGAGGUCCCAUGGCGUGUCCUAUGGCACCAAGGCCAUGUGUAUAGAGGGAGGGUGUGGCGUGUGCCUCGUCACUACCACACUGUAUGAUCCCAUCACAAAGGCCGUGCAGACCUACACAGUCAACUCGUGUCUGGUUCCCCUGUACACGUGUGACGGCAUGCAAGUGACAACCAUCGAGGGUCUGGGCAACCCCAGGGAUGGCCUACACCCGAUACAAGACCGUCUGGCACAGUACAAUGGCUCUCAGUGUGGCUUCUGUAGUCCAGCCAUGGUUAUGAAUAUGUAUGGCCUCCUGAAGAGAACACCCAACCCCACAAUGCAACAAGUGGAAAAUAACUAUGAUGCAACUAUUUGCCGAUGUACAGGUCAGGUAUCCCCGAUUCUGGACGCUAUGAAGUCCUUUGCCUCAGACGCCCCACCAACCCUGCCUGGCGGUGCUAUUGACAUUGAGGAACUGGACAAGAAGAUAUGCAGCAAAACCGGGAAGACCUGCACAGGACGCUGUUCAUCUGAGAGACAGACUGACCCGGAGCAGGUCCCCCUCCACAUUGUACUGCAGGGGUCACAGUGGUACAAACCCACCACCAGGCAGCAGCUCUACGCCCUCCUCGGUCGACACCAGGGAGACAACUACAGGUUCGUGUUCGGGAAUUCUGGAUUCGGUGUAUAUAAAGAAAUUGGACCGUGGAUGUAUAAUGUCCUCAUUGACCUGCGUGGAAUCCAAGAGUUUUACAGCAUUUCCAUUGACUCCUCCAAAGUGAUGUUUGGACCUAGCAUCACUCUGACCAACAUGAUGGAAGUCUUUGAGAAAAACAGCACCAACCCUGCUUUGUCGUACUUCCGCGACUUCGCCAGCCACUUGGGCAGCUGGGCAGGGAAUCUGAUGCUGAAGAACCUCCACACUGAGUUCCCGUCUGAUGUCUUCACCAUGUUAGAGACAGUCGGGGCAACUCUGUUCAUCGGAUCAAGUGAUGGCACAGAGAAGUCAUACAGCCUCAUGGACUUCUUGAAGCUAGAUAUGAAGGGCAAGGUCAUCCUGUCUGUCACACUUCCAACAUUCCCAUCUGGAGACGUCUAUGUGAAGACCUUCAAGAUUACCCCAAGACAUCAGAACGCCCACGCCUAUGUGACCGCAGGCUUCAGGAUGCAGCUGGACAGAAGUAACAACUUCCUGGUCAAGACCAAACCAUCCCUGGUGUAUGGUGGCAUCAACAAGACACUGGUGAGUCAAGAGUAUACAAAAGCAACCGCAGUAGCCAGCCUAUCCUCCGAGUUGAUCCCAGACGCUACAGCUGGGUUAUCGAGCACAGCCUACAGAAAGAACCUGGCCAUCUCACUGUUCUACAAGUAUGUGCUCGGCAUGUGUGGUGAGAAAGCAGCGGCAAGAUUCCAGAGUGGAGGUACCAACUCGAUACGGCCUGUGUCUUCAGGCACUCAGACGUAUGACACCCGUAAAGACGAAUAUCCCCUGACUAAGCCAAUAGUAAAGGCUCAUGCAGACUUACAGUAUGUUGGUGACAUUCCUCCAGUUCCAAAUGAAGUGUGUGCAGCAUUCGUCAUCAGCAGCGUUGGCAACGCCGAGAUCGACACCGUCGACACCUCUGUAGCCAUGAGCUACCCAGGAGUGCUGAAGUAUGUAUCUGUAGCUGAUAUACCAACCGGAGGACUGAACAACUUCAGGGAAGCAGCGGCUUCAGUGGAGGAGCUGUUCUGCAGUGGACGGGUGGAGUACAGUGGACAGCCAAUCGGCAUCAUCGUGGCAGUUGACAAACUAUUAGCUGACACAGCAGCCAGCAUGGUGAAGGUUACCUACAAGAACGUCCAGCCUCCCAUCCUUACAAUGGAAGAUGCUAUUCAGAAGAAAUCCAUAUUUCCAAAUGUUGCCAAGGAGAUAAAAGUUGGUGAUGCUGCAGCUGCAAUUGCCGGAUCGGACAAAACGAUUACUGGCACCGUCAAAAUAAAACAUCAGGCCCACUUUCAACUGGAAGCGCAGAUCUGUGUGUGCUACCCAGACGAGGAUGGAGAGGGUGUCCACCUUCAGUGCUCCACACAGUGGUCUGACAGUGUACAAGAGGCCGUAGCCAGACUCCUCAAUAUCAAGGAAAGCAGUGUAAGUGUCAAGGUCAAACGUAUUGGAGGAGCCUUUGGAGGGAGGAUAACUCGUGCCAACAUACCAGCUUGUGCCGCAGCUCUCGACACACAUGUGAUGAGGAGACCUGUUCGCCUGGCGAUGAACUUCCACACCACCAUGAAGACAAUCGGGGUCAACAAUGAUGGGAAACUAAAUGGGAUCCAGCUGACGGCCAAUGUUGACUGUGGAAUAUCACCCAAUGACUGUUACCUUUCAGGAAAUCCCCCAUUUGUUGACAAUGCCUACUACUGUCCAGCAUGGGACUACAAGCCAGUUGCCCUGAAGACAAAUCUCCCUGCCAACACAUACUGCAGAGGGCCAGCAUCCUGUCCAACCAUCUUCAUCAUGGAGACGAUGAUGGAUCACGCCGCCAAAGAAUUGAACAAGGAUCCGCUGGAGUUCAGGAAACUCAACCUGUUCAACAAAGGCCAGACAACUUUCAACGGAAUAGUUCUGAAGUACUGCAACAUCAAGGAUAUUGUGGCUCAACUGGAGACGUCAGCCAAUGUCACGGCUAGAAAACAGCAAAUUGCAGCAUUCAACCAGGCCAACAGAUGGAAGAAGAGGGGCAUUGCGGUGAUGCCUAUCCGAUGGAACCUGGACUACGUUCAGUCCAUCUUCAACGUCUACAUGACCAUCUACCACGGGGACGGAUCCGUGGCCAUCGCCAUCGGUGGUGUGGAAGUCGGACAGGGAAUAAACAUUUAGAUGAUGAAAGUAUGCGCCUAUGAGCUGGGUAUCCCUAUUGACACGAUCAAGGUGAAACCAACGACCACCUUGGCCGACUCCAACUCCUUCACUACCGGUGGCUGCCUCACAUCGGAUGUGAACGCAUUGGGAGUCGUGCAGUGCUGUCAACAACUGAAGACUCGGAUGGCCCCGGUCAAGGCCAAGAUGUCGAACCCCACCUGGCAACAGCUGGUAGCUACGUGCUACGCCCAAGGAGUGGAUUUGUCAGCAAGAUGCGCAACAUAUCCAACAGGGGACUUCAGUGACUACAACAUUUACGGUGCCACGUGUACUGAAGUUGAGGUGGACAUCUUGACCGGGGAGAACCAGAUCAACAGAGUUGACCUACUGUAUGACUGUGGAGAGAGCAUGAACCCAGAUGUUGACGUGGGACAACUUGAAGGUGGUUUUGUGAUGGGAUUGGGCUACUGGUUUACAGAAGAGAUGAUCUUCGACCCUUCAACUGGCACCUCCCUGACAGACGGAACGUGGGAAUACAAACCUCCUAUGCCCAAAGACAUUCCGAUCGACUUCCGUAUCCAGUUCCUCAAGAAUGCACCCUACCCACGCGGGGUCCUGAGAUCCAAAGCUUCUGGCGAGCCACCCGUAUGUAUGUCAGCAUCAGCGUUGUUUGCUGUGAAACACGCCAUUGAGGCUGCCAGGAAAGAAAUCACACAGGACUCAUACUUCCGACUAGACGGUCCAGCCACAGUGGAGAACAUACAGAUAGCCUGUCAACUCGACAACUCCCAGUUGGUGUAUGGGACCUAG